AUGCGAGGCGGCGAGGUGCAGCUGCUGAGCUACACACCUCGCAGCCUUGUGGAGGAUGACUUUUACAGGAAACACUGCUGUCCCUCCAGAUCCGAGUCUGGAAUGGAACCCUAUAUGGAGUUGCUGCCACAUGCCCACAAGUUGGGUUACUAUGCGUGGAAACCUUUGGUCAUUUGCAAAGCGUUGUCGCAAAUUGAACCUGGUGCCAUACUUCUCUUUAUGGAUGCGAAUCUGCAGAAGUAUCAGGAUUACCGAGAAGGUUUGCAGGAUUUGCGGAAGACAUGUCGCAAGCUGCUUGAGCGCACAGACUUCUUCGUACCUUUGGAGGAUCCGAUGUGGAAACGGAUUCAGAAUCAUUGCAAAGCUCUCACCUUGGAACUCAUGGACGCCAACACUUUUACAGUUGCUUUUGCGCCGUGCAUUUGCGUGAAUCGCAUUUUGAUGCGGCGCACUGCAUUAGUUGAGCGCCUGAUGCAAGACUGGCUACACUGGUGUGGGCAGAGUGAUGUCAUUUGUCCGAUUCCGAAUCCAAAACCGCAUCCACUGUGCCUUUUUCAUACCCCUGAGCAAGCAAUCUUGGCCAUCCUCGUGCGCAAGCUUGUUUUGCAGAAACAGCUUCCUGCUGGAUGGCCGUUUUAUAGUUAUGCGCCAGGCACUCGAAUUUUUCACCUGGACUUUCUUGAAGAUUGGCCCAUGCCGUUCCUCAUGCGUUGCUGUCGCCGCUUCACGGCGAUGUUUUUCUUCCUCCAGCAUGCGUUGUUUGCCUUCAGAUAUCCCAAGGAGCACCAUUUCUGGAGGCAGUUCCAAAGAGCAACACCCAGCUACUUGCUGAAGUUUGCUUGGCGCGGCUUUUUGAUGUCUCUGAUACCUUUGCCAGAGCAUUGCUGA